CCGUCUUUCAUUCUCCAACCUUUAUAUUUCCCUUUACUCUUUAUUUUUUUUUUUUUACGACACAGCACAGUCAACAAACGAUCAUAUUCAUCACUGUCAUCAUUAUUCUCAUCAAUUAAUUCCUCAUUACUCUCGACAUAUAACAGCAUUCUUUCCAUACUCACAAACGCACCAACCUCUUUCCGUCACUUGAAACCAUGGGAAACGCCAUCACCAAAAACUAUGAAGUGGGCGGACAAAUUGCCAGUGCAGGAUUAUGGAAGAUCCAUCGAGGCACCAAACGCACUACAGGACAAGAAGUCGCUGUAUUCAUCUUCGAAAAGAACAUUGUCGAAACUAUCAACUCAUUGCGGAGACAAGUACCAUCUAAACGCGAUCAGGAACGCGUCUACGAGUUUUUAAAGAAAGAGGCAAGUCAAUUGGCACGACUGCGACAUCCUUGUAUGCUGGAGGUUGUAGAGCCAGUCGAUGAAUCGCGAACUGCCAUCGCCUUUGCAACAGAACCUAUUUUUGCAUCUCUCUCCAAUCUGCUUGGCAAUUAUGAAAACUUACCGUCUGUGUCAGAAGACAUCCGCAAAUUUGAACUUGACGAACUCGAGAUGCAAAAAGGACUUUUACAGCUUGGAAAGGGAUUACAAUUCUGUCAUAACGACGCCAAGAUCGUUCACGGAAACUUGAUACCAGAAGCCAUUUUUCUAAACGCGAAGGGUGACUGGAAGAUCGCAGGAUUUGGGUUCAGCACCUUCUUAUCACCAGAUCCAAAUAUUCCCACACAUGUUGAGUAUUGGAAUUAUGAUCAUGAGCUUCACCCAUAUUGUCAAAGGGACCUCAACUAUCAAGCACCAGAAUAUGUACUGGACCGGAAGCUAGAUCCUUCAAAUGACAUGUUUGGCAUUGGAUGUUUGGCAUACUCGGUGCUUAACAAGGGAUCACCUCUGCUUCAAACACACGGAAAUCUCAAUACUUAUCGCCAACAAAUUGAAAGGAUUGGUCAGCAGCGAUAUGAAAAGUUCCCCGCACAUCUUGCAGAUGCUAUGACACGGCUUAUCACGAGAGAUCCCAGUAUGAGAAUGAACGCCAUUGAAUUUCAAUCCAGCAAGUUUUUCGACAAUAUUCUUGUUUCGACCAUGAAAUACAUGGAAAGCUUUGCAGAAAAGACCAGAGACGACAAGGGUCAAUUUAUGAAGGGUCUGCUUCGUGUGUUGUCUCAGUUCCCAGAACGCGUUCUGUAUAGGAAGAUUUUGCCGGCUCUUCUGGAUGAGCUUAAGGAUCAUGCCCUGCUACCAUAUACCCUUCCCAACGUGUUCUACAUUGUUCAGAAGAUGACCCCAAAAGAGUUUGAGGAGAGAGUCCUUCCAUCUCUCAAACCGAUCUUCUUGGUUCGGGAACCUAUGCAGAAUCUGUUGACAUUGCUGGAGAAGAUUGAGCUGUUACAUCAGAAGGCAAGUGGGCAGGUCUUUAAGGAAGAGAUCAUGCCCCUUGUUUACUGUGCUUUAGAGCCCAAAAACCCACCUUCCGUUCAGGAGAAGGCUCUUAAGACAGUACCGGGAAUCAUGGAGGCACUAGACUAUACGACUGUCAAGGCGUCGCUGUUUCCUAGGAUCGCUACUCUUUUCGCACAAACUACUACCCUAUCUGUCAAGGUGAACACGUUACUUUGUUUCCUCACCAUCAUGAAGAUCUUGGACAAGUUCACUAUUACUGAAAAGUUGAUUCCAUUGCUGCGUAAUAUUAAAACCCGGGAAAUUAAUGUCACGAUGGCCACUCUUCAAGUAUAUCAGGAAAUGGGUAAAUAUAUGGACAAAGAAGUGAUUGGAAACAACAUUAUUCCACAUUUGUGGCAUUUGGCUCUUGGACCGAAUUUAAAAGUGGAGCAGUUCGAAACAUUCAUGGCGGCGAUUCAGGAGCUCACGACCAAAGUACACCAGCAGCACUUGCGCCAUCUUCAGGAUUUGAAAAAGCUUGAGGACCAGACUAAGAACUUUGCUGCAAGUUCGAAUCCGAGUGUAACAGCAAACGGCGGAGAUACAACGCUGAACGACUUUGAAAAGCUUGUUGGGGGCGGGAUGGGCCCAUCUUCGGGCGCUACGACGCCUAGUUCAAAUCAUGCAUCGUCUUCCGAAAAUCCGUUCAAGAUUGCAUCGGACAAUCCUUUCUCGCCCAGUAGUUCAAAGAGCUCUUCAUUGGAUAUGUUUGGAGAAAUGGCUGCUUCUCUUCCUUCAACCCCCUCAAACCCAAUAUCAUUCAGCUCUAAUACUCCUGUCAUGAAACCAGCGACGACUAGCAUGUUUGGAGCUGUUUCGGCUGAUCAUUCAUUAGCGAUGAGCAAUUAUAGUGGCUCACGACCAUUGACCCCAACAACAGCCAACCAGGCCUCCACCCCAACAGCAGCGACAUCCUCGUUCUCUAUACCCCCUCUUAACAAGACACUUUCUAGCUCGUCCACCUCGAGCUACACGUCUACAACAUCCACACGCCCACCGUUCUCUCAGCCACAGCAAAAGCCUGCUGGUACGCCACCAUUGUCUCAUACCUUAGGAAACUUGUCUUCGUCUUCUUCGGCCUUUGGAGGGUUCCAAUCUGCUUCAUCCAUGUCUCAAACAAUUCAGCCGAUGGCAGCAAACAACACUGGUGGAUUCCAAUCGAAUGGGGUUGGUAACAGCAGCAUGGGAUUUGGUAUGGGUGUGAUGACAUCGACGCCAGCUUUGACACCCACUCGUCCAGCUUCAGGAACAGGGAUGGCGCCAAUGAAGCCUAUGGUGCCCAUGAUGCCAUUGCAACCCACAAAUACAAACAACUCGGCUAACAAAUUCGGACAGAGCAACAUGUCACAGCACAAAGGCAAGAAUUCGGACUUAGGCAUGUUUGACCCCUUUUCAUAAAGAAUAUUUGAUGGCAUUACUCCAUGCAACAAAGCAUAAUAACAAUAAAGAACAUGGCCUGAG